GUUGCAGGGGUCGAAUCUAAGCUCCUGACCCCGCCUCUUCACUGGUUGCUACUAGGUCACUCUCCCUGAACCGUAAGCUUUAUCAUACUCUGCUUAAAGCUAUGUAUGGAUCCUGCCUCCACUACAUCGCUCCCCAAACUAUUCCACUUCCUGACUACUCUGUGGCUGAAGAAAUACUUCCUAACAUCCUUGUGAUUCAUCUGUGUCUUCAACUUCCAACUGUGUCCCUUUGUUGCUGUGUCCCAUCUCUGGAACAUCCUGUCUUUGUCUACCUUGUCAAUUCCUCUCAGUAUUUUGUAUGUCGUUAUCAUGUCCCCCCUAUCUCUCCUGUCCUCCAGUGUCGUCAGGUUGAUACAUUUGCUGUGCGUGCAUCUGUGCAGGUUUAAUUUUUUAGACAGUCACCAGAAAUUAAUAUUUGGUUGCAGAGAACUAGCAGAAUAUGAAUCCAUGCAGAAGUCUGGAAAGAAGGGCACCAAUGACAGCAUGGGCAGCUGUGUGGGCAGUGACAUGGGUGGCUUUGACAUGGGGAGGGGUUGGUGAAGCAAUGGUGUACCAACUUCUGGGCGUUGGGAGGUGUGGCACUGCCAUCCAGGAACUUCCUGUAUUCUCCUUCAUCGGCUGUGCUGCCAUCUGUCUAUCAGAUCCAUUAUGUAAUGGGUUCUCAUCCUCUGCAAACAGCUGCGAGUCAGUAAACAUUGUGUCAGAACCCGACAUGAACCCAAACUACUCCUGUUACAUCACACAAUCACUGUACAAGAAUUUGACAAGCACUGCAACUACUACCACCAAACCACCAGUAACACAAGGUCCUGUGAUGGUGUCUAUGAGUCUGGGAGUGAGUGGAGCAAAUAUUCUGGGCUUCACUGAAGAUAAUAAUACCUUCAUCAACUUUUUGUCCUUUACUAUGUACUCAAUGCCUGUCUCCAAUCCACCAGCAGCAGUGAAAAGCACUAUCGUGAGUGGUGGCGAGACAUGUGGGACUGGCCAAGCCAUGGUGGGUAUAGGUUCUCUCCACACAAGUGACCCUGAAAAGACUGACCAGAGGAUGUACUGUGCAAAUAUGCUGAGCCCUAAAAACAUCACAAGUACUUGUGUAUCUGUACCUCUUGGUCAAGCACCACGCCCAAACUUAACUCUCACAGGCACAAACACCACAAGCUGGUACAACUGGUUGGCUUGUCAAAAUCAAUACAUAAUAACCAAAUUAAACUGGACAUUUGAUAAUAGUUCUUUAAACAGAAUUACUGACUAUAGAUACUCUGCAGUAACAUGCUGUCUGGUCCAGUAAUAAGAAUAAGCAGAAUCAGGAUGCUGAAGUCUAUAAUUUGAAGUUAAACUUGAUAGUCUAAUGUUUGGCUAAGUCUAUUCACUAAUGCAUACUGCAUAAGCAUCAAUAAUUGAUGAACCAUUUCCUGCUACCUAACUCCAACUAGCAUAAAAGUCCAUAACUGAAAAAAUAUCUACCAAAAUACUAUUAUAUUUUUUUGCUUCUUUGCAGAAGUUGAUCAAUAAAAUGUCUUAAAAGAGGGUAGUAAGUGCUGCCACUAUUUGAAGCUUUAAAAAUUAUGAUAGACUGAAUUAUGAAGAUGGGAUACAUUGAGCUUACCUACCUCCGCUUCUUUAGUUAAAGAUCACUUAGUUUGUAUUUCUUGACAAAAUGCUGUAAAACUACUUUUGCAAUUUAUCUUGUAAGCUAUACAUCAGUGCUGGUGAGGAAAUGUGCCAAAAAAUAAGGGAAACCGUAAGUGCUUCAAGAGCAGAAACAAAAAUAUUAAAGGAAGAGAAAAGAAAUGGUGUACUGAUUAAAAAUAAUUUUAAACACCAGUACCAAAAACAAAAGGUCUGUUCAAAAGAGUGGGCAGUAAAAAAAAAAAAAAAAAAAAAAAAAAAAAGUGAAAGAGGGCA